UGCAUAUAAUUCCAAUUAAGCCGCAGCUUGAGCUAUUCUCUGUUCUUGAUUCUUCUUUCAAUGGCUUUCUCCAUAACAGGAAACAGCAAAAUCUUCCAUAAUUUUAAUUCUUGUAGUUCUUUAUCUGUUACUUGCACCAAAACCCAUGUGCCCAUUUGUUCUCUUCAGUUCCCUUCUUCCUUCAGAUCUAAUUCAUAUCGUUUCUGUAUUAAAUCUACUAGGUCAAGUACUAUUUAUGGGAAGAGGAGAGCAUCAGAACAUUUGUUCCGGCUUCCAGUUAUUUCUUGUGUUGUGGAAGAUAGUUCUGAAACACAACCAGACGCUGUGAAUUCAUCUGCUUCAAGUGAUUCUUCAAAGGAAGCAGUAUUUGACAUGAAAUUACCAAGAAGAAGUCUGUUAGCAACAUUUACAUGUAAUGCUUGUGGUGCUCGUUCUCAAAGACUGAUAAACAGAUUAGCAUAUGAAAGAGGGACUGUGUUUAUACAGUGUUCAGGCUGCUCUCAGUAUCACAAAUUAGUUGACAACCUUGGACUUGUGGUUGAGUACAACUUCAAGGAAGAAAUUAGUAUGGAUCCAGAUGCUGAUCAAGAUUGAUUGAAGCUUAAGCUUACCUUUAGGCCCUAGCAAGAGAGUAACAGUAUUGACAAUGCAAUUUUGUAGGUGAAAGAAAAUCAAUUACAUUCAAUGUAAAAGUCUGGAUGAAAAGAAUAUCAAUGAAAUGACAACAAUGAAAAUCAUAUUGCACAUUA